UAUAAUCUAAACUAAAAUAUAUAUUAUAAAUGCUAUACCUAUAUUGUAAUUUUUAACAUUCGAAUUAAUGUCAUGGCAUGGUUUUGUUCUAGUUAAGUUUAUUUAUUUGUUUUUAAUUAUUUUUUUAAAAACAUAUAUAACAUAAUACCAUUAUGUAACCAGAAUUUACUCCUUCUCAACAAACCAAUGAUUUUCUAAACAGACGAAGUAAUCAGGAUGCACCCAAUCAGAUGAGCACCAUUUUGUUUUGAUAACAAACUAUUUUCCCAUAGAAACUAACCAGACUGAACAAAAUAAUAUAAAUAACCAAUACAGUAUAUUUUAAAAAAAAUCCUCUCUUCCCUAGACACAAUCAAACUAUAUAUUAAAGCCAAGCAAACACCUUGUUAACCUAAUUCAUUCUCUUACUUCCUUCAUAUCUUCAACAAUCUUGAAAACCAUGGUUGUUUCGUUAAAGCCAAAGUCAGUCACUCUUAAUAAUAGCCAAGUCCAUGUUAACCCAAAAUGCAAACCGAGUCCGGUUCUAAUCCCGGUUGUAAAUUUAACCGAUCCAAAUGCCAAAACCCAAAUCGUAAAGGCUUGCGAGGAGUUGGGGUUCUUCAAAGUUGUCAACCAUGGGGUCAGACCAGAGUUUUUGACCCAGUUGGAAGAAGAGGCCAUCAAAUUCUUUGCUUUGCCACAGUUUCAUAAAGACAAGGCGGGUCCAGCCGACCCGUUUGGGUACGGUAGUAAACGGAUCGGACCUAAUGGUGAUGUAGGCUGGAUUGAGUAUAUUCUGCUCAAUGCUAAUAGUGAUACUAAAACCACCGCCGUGUUCCUGCAAACCACUCCAACUUUCAGAGAGGUGGUGGUCCUGGUGGAAGUGUUCAUGGAGGAGAUGAAGGAUAUGUCUAGCAAAGUUCUUGAUAUGGUAGCUGAAGAGUUAAAGAUAGAGCCAAAGGAUAAGCUAAGCAAACUGGUGAAGGUGAAGGAGAGUGAUUCGUGUCUGAGGAUGAACCAUUACCCGGAGAAGGAGGAGACUAGACGCAAGGAAGAGAUUGGGUUCGGUGAGCAUACAGAUCCACAGUUAGUGUCAGUGCUUAGGUCAAACAACACAGAGGGUUUACAAAUCUGUUUGAAAGAUGGGACUUGGGUCGAUGUUCCACCUGAUCAUUCCUCUUUCUUCGUUAUUGUCGGAGAUACUCUUCAGGUGAUGACUAAUGGAAGAUUCAAAAGUGUGAAACACAGAGUGCUCACAAAUACGAAGAGGUCAAGACUAUCGAUGAUCUACUUCGCAGGUCCUCCAUUGACAGAGAAGAUUGCACCAUUCUCAUGCCUUGUCCCAAAACAGGAGGAUUGUCUCUAUAGAGAGUUUACUUGGUCUCAGUACAAGUCAGCUGCUUACAAGACUAAGCUUGGCGACUAUAGGCUUGGUCUCUUUGAGAAACAAUUUCCAUUUUCUUUUUCUGGUACUGUUUGAGCUUUUUUUCUUUUUUUCUUUUAGCUUAUCUCUUAUAUACUAAAUCACAAGUCACUUCACCAAUAACAUUUUGACAUUUGGAAAAUGCUUUAAUAAAAUUGAAUAAAAACUUACUAAAAAAUUGAUUAAAACAAAUUUCUCAUGAAUCCCUAAAUUUCAGCAACUUCAUCCUAACUUUUCUCAAAUAUUACAUCCACGUUCAAAAUUAAUUAAGCAUGAUUAUAAACUUUUUUUUCUCAUAUAAAUUUUGAUCUACUCAUUUACUUUCUGCUUUUUUCCAUUAUUUCUAUCAUCUCCACUAUCGGUUUUGAUCUCUACGGUUCUUCAUUCUCGGCAUUCAAAGCUUUUUAUUAUUUAUAGCAUGGAUUAAAAAAAUCCAUCAGUGACGAAAUUCUAUUUUAGAUCAUUUCAAUAUAGCUAACUUAGAAACUUCUUCUAUUUAUUGAUUUAGAGACCCUGGAAAUGAUAGUUUGGAGAGAUGGGAUGGAGCAUAAGCAAAAUUAUUCUCUUAGAAAGCUCAUGACUACAAUCACCCGUAGUGAAUUUCCAGUCUGGAGUCAGAGGGGACUAAAAGCACAAAAAUUAGGUUUUUCCUCUCUUUAAUACUUUUUCUUUGAUUUGUUGAUCAGUGAUUCCUUUGAUGAAUCCAUUAUGUUUCAGUAAUCACAAUUGCAGUUAAGUUCGACCAUAAAAUUAUUGACGAACGACUAGACGUAUCAUGGAGCUUUUGCAUUUCUGAAUCCAAAGGUAAAUUUACUUCUUCUUUUUUUUUGUAACUGGAAUUUAAUUAAUUAUUGCUGGACAAUUUAUUAUGGCUUAAUAAGAAUCAAACAAAUAUUGUACUUUUUAUCUUAUAAAUUCAACAAACUAUUAAAUAAAAAUUGUGAGUUAAUUAUGUUCAAAUGUGUGCUUUAUAAAAAAAUAUUAUAUUAGGUAAGGUAACAUAAAAUGUCAAUGGAUUAUUUUAAAAUAUAAAUAAAAAGAAAGUAAAUUUAGUAGAUUCAUUGUAUCUAAAUUAUAUUAAAUUAGAGAAAGUAUUUAUUAUUCAGUAAGAAAUCAUCGAAUAAAUUAAUCUCUUAAAAAAACUAUAUUUUAUUUAUUUUUGAAAAUACUACAAAAUGUAUAAACUUUAUAUAAUAAUAUGUUAUUGUUUUACCACUUAAAAAAAUAAUUAGUCACU